AGUAUUCACGGCCUCCAGCCGCUCUCCACUGCCCCCGCCGCCUCUGGUGGCCGCCCCCGAUGGCGUCUUCAGACCCCUGAGCAUCCGUGUAGUCUAUCACUUUGGCGUCCGAACGCAUCCACAGCCGAUUCUGGAAUGGCUGGCAAGGAGAAAAUGACGUCGGUGGCCGCUUCGCCGCCUGUGCGGCGUCUCUCAAUUACAGGGGCAGCCAAGAAGGGCCGAGAUGCAGCGUUUGAGUUCCCCGUGCCUAGACAGCCCCGCCAACGUGCCUCAAGCGAGCGUUCGUCUCGCUCCUCCACACCUCUCAGAGGGUCUCGUGGAACGUCCCCUUCUGAAACAAGGCGGCGACCGCCGAGCAGGCCUUCAAGCCGCCCUUCGACGCCUCAACCCAAGAAAAAGAGAAACAACGAGCUAGAGCGGCUGUUGAUUUCAGCCGCUAACGAUGGACAGCGUCGCGCCGCUGCUCUGGAUGAUUCUAAAAAAGCGGUUAGCAAGAAGAAACUAACCAAAAAUAAAGUGCCUAUGGGGGCUAAGAAAGCCCUGGCCAAGGCAAAAAAGUCUCCGGUAAAGACGCCAGCCAAGUCAACAACCAAAACACAGAUUAAGAAGGCUAAGACAAAGCUGGUGGCAAAGAAGAGUGACCCUAAACUUAAAAAGGCGGUUGUAGCUUUAAAGAAGACUGAGAUCAAAGCAAAGCAAUUGGAGUCAAGAACCAACGGCAGCAAAAGCGUGGAGAGCCAGACUGACUUCAAGUUGGUCCCCAAAAAGGAAACUCCAAAGAAUACAAAAUGUAAUAAAACUGUGUCUGAACCGACACCAAAAAGCAAAAAAGGAAUAGAGAAACCACCUGCAGACGCUUCAGCAAAGGAAGCCAUUUCUGCAGAGUCUCCUAAGGAGAUCCAAACACCAAAAGAGCCUGUUCCAGCUGAGGCGGAGCCUGUCAAAGCUGCAAAGGAGAUGCCUAAGGAUCCAGCAGAUAUAUUGAAGAUCUCCGAGGAAGCCUCAAAAGGCAGUAAGGAAGUUGUCAGGAGGGACGAAAAACCAAAGGUGGAUGUCAUGCAAACACUGACCGAAGCGUGUCGCAAGCUGGAGCAGUUAAAAAGUAAGAAGAAAGAGCCUGCGCCUCUUGAUGUUGUUCCUCGGAGUCCUGAAGGCGCGACAAUCACUCCACCUGACAGACCUGUUGACAAACCUAUGGAGCACUCUGUCAUUUCUCCAAACAAUCUCCAGCUUUUCAUGCAAGCCAAGUUGAGGAACAAAAUGAGCCAGAGCCCAAGUGCCGAUGCAAAGGAAGGGACCACUGCUUUCCCACCACCCCCAAUACCACCCCUCUCUGCAGCCCCAAUCAUUAACUCCUUAUCUGCAGCGGCUAAACAGACCUCAUCCUUCCUGAAAGACUCAAGUGAAAUUCCUAUUGAAUACCGUUGGAAAAUUGACAAGAGAUACUCAACACUUGCACCAAUUAACUCGUGUAUUAAGGAUAAGGUUGCGGACUUGUUGCGGAAGGAUCCUAACGAAGUUGUUCUCAAGGAGAACAUUCGUCGAGAACCAGAUGCUGAGGAGGAAAUGGAAGAACUAAGAAUAAGCGAGAGCGAAAGUGAGUCAAGUGCAUCUUCGCCGGACAAGCAUAUCACUAAGAUAUCUCGAGAAGAAGCCCUUCAGAUUGAGAGACGGAUGGAGGAGAUUUACAUUAAGGAAAAGGAAAGAGAAAAACAGAUGGCUCAAGAGGAUGAAGUCUUGGCUACAGAGGAUGAAGUCUUGGCUACAGAGCUCGAGCCUGACGAGAAUGUCGAAAAAACCUUGACAACGAAGAAUGAGACUGAAACUGACUUGGCCCCUGAGCCUGUUGACCCACCAAAAGUGUCUGAGCCUGUUAAACCAUCUGAACUGUCUGAGCCGGUUAAAUCAUCAGAUGGGUCUGAGCCUUCACCAACUGCGGAAAAUAAAACUGCUGCUGCUUGCUUGGAAGAAACUCCCAAGAAGCAAGAUAAACCCAAAGAAAUAUCCAAGAGACCGGACAUUGUUGACCAAGUCCCGGAGGAGGAGAAGGUCAAUGAAGAAAAUGAAGUGCCUGUGGCUACCCAGGAAAAGGAGGAGCCAAAAGCUGUAAAGAAAAGUGGACCCAAAGGCAAGGCAGAGAAACUGAAGCGCUUUUCCAAAGCCAAGAAGGAGAGCGAAAGAAAGAAAAAGAAAAGGGAGGAGUACUAUCAGAAAAAGAUGCAAGCUGCAGCCAAAAAAUCUAAUGAAGAGAAAUCCACCAAGCCUGAGCCUGAAGUAGAACCUUCCAAGGAAGACACUUCAGAGCCUUCUACGUCAUGCUCCGAGUCUUCAUCAAGUCCAAAAUUUAACGGAGAAACAUCCAGCCCUGAAUCCACCAAAGAUGAAGACCUUGUUGCAAAGGAGAGUGUUCUUGGAGCACUAGGUCUUCAAUCAACACGCUUGGCUCAACAGGAGAGACCCAAAGUACCCAAACUUAAGUUAGUUGUGAGGCCCACCCCGGCCAAGAAGAAAGGCCACCGAAGUGAGACAGCCAACGAGAAAACUUAUGCCAUUUGCCACGAGGGUGAUGGUGAAGAAGGCCAGAAAAGCAGCCACCGCAAAAAGGCAUUGUGGUACCCUGGCCUGCCGAUCUCAAAUGGUGAGCUGGCCAAACUAAUCCUGACCACGCCAACUAUCUCGGAUCUGAUUAUAGGCCGGCACUUGGGCGAAGCCAAACCGCCCCAGCCCGGCAUAGGCGUCGGUGAUGGCCUCGAUACAGAGGCUGAACUUGGACAGAAAGGUGCCAAAAAGCGUGACGAGGUGGUGAUCCCUGAAAAAACUGCUGCCAGCAACGUACAUCCAGGUCGUCCAUGUGAAGAUGUGUGCUGCUACUGUCACAACAAGUUUGGCCUUUACGACACUCCUCUUCAUGUAUCUCAGCUCAAGGGUGGAAUUGAGAAGCAGUCCGCAGUCCUCGCAAGAGAGCCUGUUCUGACUCUGGCUUCCUGCAUCUGUGACGCCUGCUUCCGGCACUUAGACCGACCUCUUGCUUCUGUGGCUGCGUGGCGGCCUCCACAGGCUAAAAUCCGCAAGCAAAAGGAGGCUGCCACUUGUUGCUUUGCUGGUUGCAAGCAACCAGCCCCUCAUCCAUUGGCUCGCAAGUGGAAGAGACGUGUCCGAGGCCUCCUUGCUCGAGGACUGGACCCAAAGAGCGGGUUGUUUUUGUGUCACCAACACCACCAAGAAACAGCAAAGAUUGGGGCAUGUGUUUUGUGUGGACGGCGAGCCGCUUCUUCCCAACUUUAUUGUCUUGAGCCUCAGGCAACAGAUCGCUUCAAUGAGGUCCUCAGGCAGGACCUGAUUCCCAUUGUAGUGCAACCUGAGGCUGACCUUUGCAAAAAGUGUCGUUACUACUCAAGUCUUCGACUUCGCUGCUCCGACUACACCAAGCUAAGUGUCUCCAAUCGCACCUUCCUCAGGCAGCACCGGGAAAAAAUUAUUAAGACCGCCAACCCAUUAGACACGUCGGCUCUGGCAGAGGUGUUCCCUGAGGUUCCGAAGUCAAAGAAACUGACUCCACCCCCACCAACGGCAUCAACGUCUUCCUCAACCCCCACAAUUAAUUCUGCGCCCAAACGCACAUUGCUUACGCCUUCUGUUGAAAUAAUCCCUGUGCCUGCUGAAGGACCUCCUCCAAACAAGAAGGCAAGGGGACUUGCUCCUGCCAAAGAAGCAAUAACAGUUCGCAUUGUUGGGGGAAAUGUGAGUAACGUCACCGCACCAGCAAAGCGACCUCUGGUCAAGAGAACGGCAAGAAACGAAGGUCCCAAUUUGAACUUUCAAUGGCUUGGAGAAACUGGACCUCCUCGAGGCCGGUGGCACACAACAAGAGCGGACAUUCAGAUGGAUGAUCGCACUUUGGCCGAGUGGAAGAAAAGGCAAGAGCCUUUUGGCAGCUAUACAAGCUAUGUGAAACACUUAAUCACUUUGGACGGCUUCUGGAGAGCCAAACAGCUGGGACCCCUUCCAGGAGCCCCUGCUUCUUGCAUUAAGUACUGCACCUCGGUGCGGAACAGAAUUGAGGCGUACGAAGGUCUGGGUGAAGAACCAGAGGAUCUCGACCGCCCUCGGAUAUGUGACGUUCGUUCCCUUGCUGAGUGAGCUGCCUUCAUUUACCAGGUUUGCUGUAUUGAGUUCUGGAUUCUAACUUUGCUGCGCGACUUGAAAGUGUGAUAAAAUUCGAAUUUUUACGCUAUUAGUAUUGACAUUGUUGCGGAAAAGAAAUAUUUUUUAUAGUGCUCAUACCAAUUGGAUAAUUAAUAGCUGUGAAAGUGAUUUUUAUAAAAACAUAUGAUUGAAUUAGGAGAACAGAGCUUAAUACCUAUUAAUAUUUUGCUCAACCUAUACCUGAAAAAUUAACAAGAAAAUUUAAGUCGCCAGUAAUGAGUAAGAAUUCCAGAUGAUAAAUUAUUCUCAGGUUUUUCAAAUGUAAACGUACGUAGGAACGAGUCAUAUUGUCAGGCACACGGCGUUUAAAACAGAAACUGCUCAGCAAAAUUGGAACGUUAAUCAAUGAUCUUAAAUAAUUUUGGUUUAUUAUCUAUUAUUUUGUAAAUAGAGACACGCUCGUCUUUGCCUUGGGAGUGGACGCGCCGCCUUACUAUUAAAAUUAUUUACUAAAUUGGAAUGAACUCUCUAUUAUGUGAACUGCACAUAAUACUCAAUAUGAAAUUUUCUGUGUUUGCCCCCAGCUAUUUAUUUUGACCCACUCCCUUGGAAAUUUUUGUGCUUAAUUUUUUAAUAAGAAAUUCUCUGAUUGAGUUUUAUAUUUUACUUAUUAUUCAGAGAUGAAACUUUGUUUCCUGUCUCACUUGUUGGCAACUCUAGUGCACUGCAUUCAAAUAUAAGAUUUUCACCCCUUUUUGUUUGCCUUUUUCUCUUUUGGUUCACGGUUAAAAAAGAUUGACUCGAUUUAAAAGUAACAGAAGUUAAAUUACUUUCUGACAGGAAAAUUCAAAUGUCCAACAUUUUGACUACUCAGCUCCUGUGAAGUGCCUUCACUCACAGACACAUGUAUUUUUACAAAACGCUGUUUCUGUUCCUACCCUUUGAAUGUAAAUAAUUAUAAAGUAGCAAAUAAUCGUACUAGUAAUAAUAUUAUAAUUAUUGUUAUGAAUAAAGACACGCGUAUUUUCAUAAGCAUUAAAAUGAAUAAAAAUAUUAGGGAAUCAAAUAUUUUUCUACUCAUUUUCUGAUUGCCCCAAAAGUUAAAUUUAUUGUUCUGGAGGUAUUCAAUUAAUUCAACCGCAAUGAUCACGGUACCUACCAGUUUUGCCUGACUGAUUCUUCAGCACGUUGAACUCCAGAAUUGACAGAUGACUGAAUUUAGCCACUACUUCAUUGCGCAAAUAAAAAGCAGAUAUUUCUUCUUUAAUAAUGGUUCUUCUU